GCGGGGGGUAGCGAGCGGGCGCAGUGAUUCUUUUUUGGCGAGAUACCCGGCCGCUGGAAGCUGCCCGGCCCCCGGCUCGGAGGGAGAGAGGGAGUUGCUGGUUCCCCGAGCUCCGCUGGGGAGGACGCUCAAGGGUUAAUUUGCAACCAUGACCAUGGAACCGGGCUCAGACUCCGAAUCAAAACAAGAACAAGACCAAAAGGAAGCAUCUGAAAAGAAAGAGGCGACAGCUGAACAACAGCAGGUUGUAGAGCGUCAACAGGAAGACGGAAUUGACGGGCCCCCUACAGGAAUUGGCAAUUCUGAGACCAAGGAGCAGCUUGGUGAACGGGAAAAGGAGGCAGACGGAGCUUCUGGUAAACUUACUGUGGAUCAACAGGACGACCAGCAAGUUGAAGACGACAAACUCUCCCAGAAAUCCUCUUCCAGCAAGUUAUCGAAAUCUCCUCUCAAAGUUGUAAAAAAGCCAAAGAACAUGCUGUGCAAAGUAACCCUCCUGGAUGGCUCGGAACAUACAUGUGAGGUCGAGAAACGUGCAAAGGGACAGGUGCUCUUUGACAAAGUCUGUGGACAGCUCAACCUUCUGGAGAAAGAUUACUUUGGCUUGACAUUUCGGGACUCUGAAAAUCAAAAGAACUGGCUGGACCCAGCCAAGGAAAUUAAGAAGCAAAUCCGAAGUGGAUUGUGGCAGUUUGCAUUCAAUGUGAAAUUUUACCCUCCGGAUCCUGCCCAGCUCUCAGAGGACAUUACCAGGUAUUACCUGUGUCUGCAGCUGCGCGACGAUAUUGUUUCUGGAAGAUUGCCAUGUUCUUUUGCCACACAUGUACUGCUUGGUUCCUACACUGUUCAGGCAGAACUUGGGGACUAUGACCCAGAUGAGUAUGGCACUGAUUACAUCAGUGAGUUUCGUUUUGCUCCAAAUGAAACUAAGGAACUGGAAGAAAAAGUGAUAGAACUGCACAAAAGCCACAAGGGUAUGACACCAGCUGAAGCAGAGAUGCAUUUCUUGGAGAAUGCCAAAAAACUGUCCAUGUACGGAGUUGAUCUGCAUCAUGCCAAGGAUUCUGAAGGAGUUGAUAUCAUGCUUGGUGUGUGUGCCAGCGGCUUGCUAAUCUACAGAGACAGGCUAAGAAUAAACAGAUUUGCCUGGCCCAAGGUUCUCAAGAUCUCGUAUAAAAGGAAUAACUUCUACAUCAAAAUCCGACCCAGUGAACAUGAGCAAUUUGAGAGCACCAUUGGAUUUAAACUUCCCAACCACAAAGCAGCAAAAAGGUUGUGGAAAGUAUGCAUUGAACAUCACACAUUCUUUCGGCUGGUAUCUCCUGAACCGCCUCCUAAAAAGUUCCUCACAUUGGGUUCAAAGUUCCGCUACAGUGGACGGACACAAGCCCAGACUCGGAGAGCCAGCUCCCUCAUAGACCGCCCAGCACCAUACUUUGAGCGUUCUUCCAGCAAACGUUACACCAUGUCACGUAGCUUAGAUGGAGCAUCUGUCACUGAGAACCACGAGAUGCUCAUAAAGGACUCCGUUUCAGCUUCUGAAGUGGCGACUGGUCAUUACGGUGCAGUGAAGAGCCUAGCAUCAACCAAUCUAAUAACCACAGUGACACCAGAGAAGAAAGCAGAAGAGGAGAAAGCAGAAGAAGAGGAGAAAAAGGCAAAGAUUGACAUUACUCCAUCAGUCACACCGGCCAAGCAUGAAAUAAAGACCUCAUUCUUUGGCACAGAUUCAUUUUGCUCUUCCUCUCGCUCUCUGCCUUUGCACUGUGACUCUCCUGUGUCAUCAACAAGCGUUCAUAGGAGAUGUACAGAGAAUGUUUCAAAAUCAGCUGGUCGCAUUAAGACCAAAGACCCCAGAAGUGCUUCUAAUCCACUAUUAGCCUUUGAUUCUUCAAAGUAUGUUGAUAAGAAAGCAAUGGAAUUUAAAAAGGACCAAGAUCUAGGGCCUAGAUCUAGGAAAGGAGGAACUUUGUUUUCGUUCUCCUUGCAUCUCCCAGCAUCAUUCUCUUUGCUAGAUGAUGAUGGCUACCUUACCUUUCCAAGCUUCUCUGAUGCCAGUUUCUUACCUCAAAGUUUCCAACGUUAUCUGCCCAUUCAAUCACCAUCACUUGUCCCCUGUUUUCUUUUCAUUUUCUUCUUUCUGCUCUCCGCCUCCUUCUCUGUACCUUACGCUCUCACUCUCUCCUUCCCCCUUGCUAUAAGUCUGUGCUACCUGGAACCCAGGGCAGCCUCCUUGAGCGCUUCAGUUGACAAUGACCUGAGUGACAGUUCAGAGGAAGAGACUGACAGUGAGCAGACUGACGCUACGGCUCCUGCUGAUGGGGAAACCACCGCAGAGUCUGAUCACGAGGAUGAAACGGAAUCAAAGACCCAGAAUAGUCUUGUAAAGCAAAUCAAAGGUGAAAGUGUGUAUGUGAAACAUAGUAAUCUUAUGUUAGAGGACUUUGACAAAACUCAGGAAGAUGUGGUUAAGCACCAUGCCAACAUAAGUGAAAUGAAACGAACAUUCCUGGAAUCCACAUCUGAGAGUGGACCUGACGAAUGGGAAAAAAGGUUAUCUGCCUCUCCGGUUCGAUCUUUCUCAAAGAAUGGGGAUUUACCUAUGAUUGAGCCACUUAUACCUGAGGAGCAGACCAAAGAGGAUUCCGGUGAAACCCUGCAAAGGAAGUCUGUGUGUGAACAAGGUGUUGCUGGGCCUGACAUUUCUGCGACAAAAGAUGAUGAAAAAUUAGUAAAGUCUGGGGAAGUGCCAGACGAUGAAGGGUAUGCUAUCGGUCAUUUAUUUAUAGUAAUCCAAACAACAUUGGUAGAUUUUGUGUCAUCUGUCAAACAGCAGAAAGUUAUGCUGUCCACAUUGGAAAGAACUGACAUUUCAAAGAAGGGGGAAACAAAAAGAGGUGAUGAUGAAGGUAGACUGAAAAUUAAAGAGACUGCGAGACAGAAAGGAUUUGAAAGCUCUCCUCUGGAGCCAUCAAUGCAGAAAUAUGAGACCUCAAUGACCAAAUGGAAGACUGAUGAAGAGCCAACGUUUACCAUUGCUACAGCCCACUAUUUUACUGAGUCAACAGGAUCAAGAUUAUUGACAAAGCAGUCUGGUUCGGAAGUAGCCUCAAAAAAUGUAGACGUCUCCAAUCUAAUAGAUUCAGCUCGAAAACAAAUGGAUGCAAAGGAAUGGGCUUCUUCUUCUUCAUACAGCUGGGCUCAGAAAUCUGAAAUGAAUUGGGAAGUAAGUUCCAAAGUGGUGCAAAUGGAAACCCACGAACAGGAGAAGACGAUGAAGGAAAUGCAGGAAGCAAUGGUGAUGGAAGAAAAGCAUGUGAUGAAUGUGCAUGCAAGCAAGGAUGCUUCUGCUGUAUGUGCUAAGCUGGCAGCAGUUGAGUGGGAUACUAUAGCCGAGUUGGGCAAAGCUCACACAUCUGGUGACGUAGGGGGUCUGAGUUGCCUGGCGACCGUGGAGACCAAAGAGGACAAGAGGGAGAUGGCAAGUCCCAAAGUGGAUAAAGCGAAAGCUGAAGUAGCAGAAGGACCUGCUUCUGCUCAAGGGUGGGAGGAACAGGCUGAAAUGACAGGCAAGCCUUCAGAUAAAUCUGAAGAGAAACCUCAGUUUGAGCCACCUGUGGUGAAAACAGAAACUGUCAGUUUUGGCAGUAUGAGUCAGGAGGACGGGAAGGAGAUUUGCACGAAGGAUGUGCCUGUAGUUCAUACCGAGACUAAAACAAUCACCUAUGAAUCAUCCAAGUUGGACUCGACAGCUGACAGUGACCCAGGAGUUCUAAUGAGCGCUCAAACGAUCACCUCAGAAACUUCAAGCACUACAACCACUACACACAUCACUAAGACUGUGAAAGGAGGAGUUUCAGAAACACGUAUUGAAAAACGAAUUGUUAUCACAGGGGAUGCUGACAUUGACCAUGAUCAGGCCCUGGCUCAGGCAAUUAAAGAGGUCAAAGAGCAGUACCCUGAUAUGUCUGUGAUCAAAGUAGUGGUACACAAAGAGACAGAGAUCACACCAGAAGACGGAGAUGAUUGACCACAGGAGUAACCACAUCUUCAUGAAAGAAGUAAUGCAUACACAUCAUUAGGAAUGAUUUUGGAGUCUAAAUGGAGUCAUACACAUGACUUCAUUUGUUCUGAAUCCAUCCACUAAUGACCUUUCACACCAAGCAUACUGGAGCACGUUGUAUGAGGACCCCUUUCACUAAUAAAAACAUUGGCAAAAAACCUCAUUCCAGCAUAUCGAAACAGCAGAUGAAUAUUGCAUGAUUAGAAUAAACCUUUGUCACAACAGGAAUAAUGAGAAAAGCAUUUUCCAAAUCCACAUAGUAAGGUGUCAACAUCUCUUAAGUUAUCAUUUUAUCAGCAAGUUUAAAAGGCAAAGGAUACAUUGGAGCACUAAUGUUUAAAAGGAAGCUGGGUUGGGGGCACGGGUGGAAUCCUUUCUUUGCCAGUUUAAAAAGUCUAUAGCUGAUAUUUAAGAUAAUAAGUCAGCAGUAAUUCAUUUUAAUUGUACCUGGUUUCAUUUAUACACAGUAAUUUUCACCAUAAAUCUGGUUAAUUGUAUUGAAGGAUUAUGUCAUACCUUACAGUAGAUGUGCCAAUGGCAGUGUAAGUCCAUAUCUAUUAUCAUACUAAGCAACUUGAAGCUUAUAACUGGAAACCUUGAUAUACAAUGGUAAUGCCUGUGAAAACAUGAAUAACCUUACACAGAUUAGAACAAGUUGUUUUGCUGCAUCUUGUGCUUUGUUGGCAUAAUUUAAUGUCACCUAACAGAUUUUUUUUAAAGAAAUAUUAUAUAUAUAUAUAAUAACUAUAUAUUUUACUUGAACAAUUUGGUUUUGUUAGAUGAGCACAUCUUUUAAGUUAGAACCAAAAGGCCAGGUAGAUUAAUCCAUCAAUAGUUGUCAAUGUUUACUUCCCUUAGAAAAGGAGAUGUCAGUAUUCCUUUUUAAACUGAGUGUCUGUUUUGGUCGGUUUAUGUUGCAAGUGAAAGUGUCUGCUCUGGAAGGAAUUUCUUUUGUUUACUACCUGUGACCUUCCGUUCUCAUCAUUGAGUAUAAAAGCAAUGAUUCUUUUUAAACACUCUGCGUAGACUCCAGAUUCUGAGCAAAGCCUUAAAUGAAACAGAAAAUAAUUGCAAACCCCAUUGAAAGCUUUCAAAUCAUCAUGCAUUUAUAAUUUGCAGAAGACCACACAGCUAACUAAAGGGUACGAUUUUUUUUUUUUUUUGCUGCAAUGUAAUAAAUGUUGAAUGUAUGUUUCUUCAUGGUGAAAUAAAAGUGGUAAAGGCAUCAA